AUGAAACUGGAGGAGAGAAUCAUGGCCGAGGUCGCUAAUGUACUCGCUCGUAAUUUCACUGACCUAACGUACAUCGAAGUAGAUCUCGUCUUGAAUGAUCUACAGGUGGAUGGGAUCAUUUGGCCCUACGAAUAUAACGAAAAUAGCGGUGAAAAGACCACAACAAUGGAAAAAGUGCUGUUUCUUCAGAAAGUCCUACCUAAGAAGGGAGACGAAAGCUUCCCAAAAUUCAUUGAUAUCCUUCGUCGACGUAACUAUGGCAAACUUGCCAAUAAAAUGGAAGAAGAAUUGAGGAAACUGCAGAAUGGGGAAGAUAAUGGACCUGCGGAGGAGCUGAAUUCCAAUGGAACAAAUGCAACCAGCAAAAGUCUUCCUGACCUUCAGAGCGUGCUGCCCGUUGACGUCGGAAAUGGAACUGCAUCGUAA